UUGAUACUGGGAGGUUGGUCCGCCGCCCCCGUCACACCAGACACUCGCGCUGCCCUGGUGCGGGCCUUGUCCAAGACGAGCGUCUGCGUGAACUCGAUCCUGUCGGCGAGAAGUCAAGUGGUCGCAGGGACCAACUACGAAUUCCAGAUCGACGGCUGUCGUGGUCUGCGCGGAGGAGACUGCAGCAGUGCGUGCAAGUCCCCACGCAGGUUUUCCGUUAGCGUGUUCGACCAGCCGUGGACCCACACAACGAUCGCCACCAAGAUCUCG